AUCAUGUCUUGAUUAGAGUUAAUCCUCCUACGCUGCCCCAGAUUAUUGCUACUGCGUAUUACCCUUUCUAUGUUCCAUUCCCUCUCAACCGGAAGGUCAAAACUGUCGGAGGGAGACAGAGAGAGCCACCCGUGUUCCGUAGGCGACUCCUCUCUCGUCAUAUUCGGUUUUAUUCCUUUUCCGCUCGAGACUCUUCUUCUCUUCUGUUCCUUCGAGAAUCCAAAACCUCUCUCCCGCUCUCGGCGGCCGGAAGAGAGAUCUUGGAGGCUGUGAAUCUUUGUUUCUUUCCUUCCUUUUUGGUUAACGGAUCGAGUGACACCGAUCUAGGGUUCUUGGUUUUCGUGGGUGUCUUUCGAAUUUGAAAGAGGAAAACCAAAAGAACAAGGGGGAAAAAGAAAAAAAAAAAUGGGAGCGGAGACCACCUCCGGAUCGGGCUCGGAAUGCGAGACACAGGUGGUGUUGAAUGUCUACGAUCUCACGCCCAUUAACAAUUACACCUGCUGGUUCGGCUUCGGCAUCUUCCAUUCGGGCAUUGAAGUUCAUGGCAAAGAGUAUGGGUUUGGUGCCCACGACUUCCCAGUUAGUGGGGUUUUUGAAGUGGAACCAAGGAGCUGCCCGGGAUUCUUAUAUAGGUCUUCCAUAUCGUUGGGACGCAUUAACAUGUCUCCCUCAGAAUUUCGCACAUUAAUUGAGAAUAUGGCAUCCGAAUACCACGGAGAUACAUAUCACCUCAUCUCCAAGAACUGUAAUCAUUUCACAGAUGAUGUCUCAUUGAGAUUGACGGGCAGACGGAUCCCUGGGUGGGUAAAUAGGCUUGCUCGGUUAGGCGCUCUCUGCAGUUGUCUGCUUCCAGAAAGCUUACAAGUAACUACAGUUAAACAGAUGCCAGAGUACCAUGAAUGUUCCGAGGAUGAAGUGACGGAAUCUUUUUCAAACGCCACGCCUUGCGAGUCGACUGAGAUAGACGAAAGUGAACAAGAAAAGCACUUGUUGUCACCUGCGAUGGGAAGCGGAGAAGUAGUAUUUGUUAAAGAGAUUCAGAAGUGAUACGCGAGUGCCUUCUCAAUGAAGGGAGGACAAGAUGCGUCCCUGCAACUGGGGUUGUAACAUUGUUAAAUUUGCUUAAUCAAAGAGAAAAUGAUAUGGCCAAUUCAUCAUUUGCUAUUUUCCAUUGGUUUGGAGCUCACAACUCUUGUUUUUUACUUGCAAUUGGAAUUGUCCUUAAUUUGUUCACCUUCCAACGUGUAUGAUUGACUU